GAUGAUGGCGGAGCCGGCUGCCUUGGCGUCGUUCUCGAAAUUUCUGUGGCCAGUGAACUCCCUCUUCCUCUCCCACUCACCCUCUUUUCCUUUUCACCGCUGCGGGGACUUGUGCUAAUUUGCAGUUUUCCUUUUCCUGGCGUGCACAUGGUAGAGACAAGCUGGUGGCUUGCAGACUGCGUCUGGCUGGAGACAGGCAGCGAGCCGAUGGAUAACAACACUCCGGGAGAAUGAUUAUGCAGCAGUUAUUUAAGGAUAGGCUUUUGGGGUAUGGCAGCAUAUGAGCUGAUUCUUCAGUGUGUAGCCUUGGACGCAGCGUGCUGAUUGGAAUCUUCUUGUUCAAAGAUCGGAAAGGAACAGAGGGUUUCCCUUGUUUAACAGUCAGACUCAGCAUCCCAUCAUCUGCUUACCCAGGCCACGCGCUGAAGGCGAGGAGCCAUGGCUGAGGAUAGGAAAGACGAAGCCAAGGCCCCACACUGGACUUCAGGUCAGCUAACAGAGGCCUCUUCACACCCACAUUCACCUGAGAUGAAGGAUCAGGGAGGCGCGAGCGCUGGACUGGUCAGAAGUGCCAAUGGAUUUCCGUACCGAGAGGAUGAGGAGCUGAGGCUGGGCAGCCACGAGCAGCCAGGGACGUAUGCUCAGACCAAAGAGAAUGGCAUCAAUGGAGAGCUGUCAUCAGGGAGCAGGGAGACUGCAGAAGAAGUGUCUGCGAGGAUAGUACAAGUAGUAACAGCUGAAGCUGUAGCAGUCCUGAAAGGUGAACAGGAAAAAGAAGCCCAGCACAAAGAUCAGCCUGGAUCACUACCUUUAGCAGUUGAAGAGUCAGCCAACCUGCCUCCUUCCCCACCUCCAUCACCAGCUUCUGAGCAGACUGGAGUUCUGGAGGAAGAUUUACUUGCAGCCACGAAGAUGGAAUUCCGUGUCCAGGAGGGCACAUGCCCUUUUGCAGCAGAACCAUUAGACACAAAGCAGCGUGAAUCUGGGAAGGACAGUAAGACUGUUGAGCAACCUAAAUAUGAUGCCUUAGUUCCACAGUCAGCAAAAACAGAGGCUACAGAUAAAAAGGAUUCAGAGAGCAAAGACAAAGUGCUUUCACCCCCAUCAGAAUGGAUGUUGAAAACUGAUUCACAGAUGAAAGGGGAAGCCAGUUUUGCAGAACCUGCUGCUAAGCCUCCUGCUCCUCAAGAACAAGAGCACUUGUCAUCUCAGCUGCCUGAAGUGAGCAGGGCGGAAGAAAGGACUGCAGGUGUGCCCUCAUCAACCAACCAAGUUAUGGGUAUCACAUUUCAAGACAACCUCAAAGAUAUCCAGGGUGGUGCCAUCAGCUAUGGGGAAAGUUCUCUAUUGCUACCAGAACCCAAGGCAGAAGCAGCCAAAAGUGAACUUCCUUCAGGCCCAUCUCCUGCUCUCCCCCAGGAGCUUUCACUCAAAGACAGUUUCAAAACACAUCAGGAACCUACUGACCAACUGUUUGCCAAAGAUCUCAGUAAAGAUGAACAGAUCCACAGAGACAGGACAUUAUCUCUCCAGGAAGUCUCAGCAGUAACUGUAGAUGGAUUGAAAACUCCAAGCACCCCAAAAAUCCCUCCAUGGGGAGAGGAAAAGGACAUGACUAAGGAUGAGAGCGAUGAGGAAGAAAGGUACGACUUCUAUGAUAAAGGGGAGGCUCAACUAUUAGAUGAGGGUAAAAUGACCACAAAAUCAGAAGUUAAGACACCUUCCCCAGACAAAACAGACUUUCAAAAGGAUGGUGAAAGUAAAAAGUCACCUGAUACUCUCAAAGCAGAAAAAGAAACGGACCAAAGUGGGCUCUCAGCAGCAGAUGUGAAAAAGGAGGUGCAGCAAAGCACACAGGUACCCCCAGCUAAGUUAAGCCAUGAACUGAGUCAGGAGAAAACAGCAGAGCACCCUGAUACUGCUCAGUUAUCCAGAGUAACAGAGAAAGCCCCUGAGGCACCAGGUUUAACCACUGAGAAGACUCCUACUCUAGAAGCUUCUCAAGAGAAAGAUGUUGAAAAAGAUACUGAGGAGGAUAAGGCAAGUCUUGCAGCUCCUCAUCAAAUGAAGGAAGAGGAGGAUCAGUCAGGAAUGUCAAAGUAUUUUGAAACCUCUGCUCUGAAAGAGGAAGCCUUCAAAGCAGAUGGUCUGAAACAAAGCAGUGAUUACUAUGAGCUAAGUGACACUAAAGAGAGUAAAUACGAGCCUUAUCAGAGAGGUCCUCUAAUACCUGAAGAUGAAGAGGAGGAGGAAGAUGAAGAAUUAAAUCAGCAGCAGAAUGUGCAUGCUCGUGAAAUGGGGUACAGUACCCUGGCUCAGAGCUAUACACCAGACACAUCUGAAGAACCCAGUUCUCCAACAGAAAGAAUGUUCACUAUUGACCCCAAAGUCUAUGGGGAUAAGAGAGAACUUCACAGUAAAAAUAAAGAUGACCUAACUCUGAGCAGGAGCUUGGGACUUGGGGGGAGAUCUGCAAUUGAACAGAGAAGUAUGUCUAUUAACUUGCCCAUGUCCUGUCUGGAUUCAAUAGCCCUCGGAUUUAGUUUUGGUCGUGCACACGAUCUUUCUCCCCUCGCUUCAGAUAUUCUAACUAACACUAGUGGAAGUAUGGAUGAAGGUGAUGACUACUUGCCAGCAACCACACCAGCAGUGGAGAAGGCCCCCUGCUUCCCCAUUGAAAGUAGAGAGGAAGAUGAGCACACAGAAGAAGAAAAAGUGACGGUAGAAGAAAAAGUCCAGCCUGAGACCUUGGCUGAACCAUCUUUCCAGGCCAAAGAUUACUACAAAAAUGGGGCUGUCCUGGCUCCUGACCUGCCUGAAAUGUUAGACUUGGCAGGGACAAGAUCUAGAUUAGCCUCUGUGAGUGCAGAUGCUGAGGUGGCACAGAAGAAGCCAGUUCCUUCUGACACUGUUGUGGAAGACAGCAGCACAGCCCUGCCACCUGUGACAAAUGAAAACCAUGUAAUUCUGAAAGCUGAAAGCCAGCUGGAAGACUUGGGCUACUGUGUUUUCAAUAAGUACACAGUACCACUCCCCUCCCCAGUUCAGGACAGUGAGAAUUUAACAAGUGAAACCUGUCCCUUCUACGAAGGCACAGACGAAAAACUGAGACGUGGCCUCGCUCCUGACUUGUCUUUAAUAGAAGUUAAGCUGGCAGCUGCUGAAAAAUCAAAAGAAGACUUCCUCAGUGAAAGAGAUUUAGGUCAGCAUGGUGAGUCCACUCUGGUGAGGGACUUUGAAGAGGAGAAAAAAGAGAAACUGGAUACUGUGCUAGAAAAAAGUGAAGAUCAAGUUGACUCUAAAGAGGUCUGUCCUAUUAAAGGAGCAGAACCAGAGAAGACAAGAGCUGAGGCAGUGUUAGAAAGGAAAGAAGAAAGUGUGGCUAGUAAAGUUCAUUUACCUGCUGACACAAUGUAUGACAGAAUUUCUUCUUCAGAGAUAGCAAUAGAAAAGGAUUCUAUUUGUUUGUUGUUGGAGAAGGAGAAGACUCUUAGUGUUGUUCAUGAAAUAGCUGAGAUAGCUGAUAUAGAACUAGAACCUCCAAUUAAACCAGAUUACAAUGCUAUUAAGCAUGAUAUGGAGGUAGCUGCAAGGAGAGCUGACCAAGAAUAUCAGAGUAAGUUAGACACUAAGAUCAGUGAGGUUGUUUCUCUUCCAUCAGGGAAGGACAAAACCUCUCUUAAAAAAGCAGAGCCUGAACCCAAAGACGCUCAGCAGAAAGAAGAGACCAUCUUCUCCAGAGAAGCAAAGGAUGCAGAUGUACUUUCCAAGACUGAGCUUAGUUAUGCAAAGGACAGCACCAAACUGUCAGAAAUAGAAAUUAAAGAAAAAGUAACUAAGCCGGAUCUGGUACAUCAAGAGGCAGUUGAUAAGGAGGAAUCUUAUGAAUCUAGUGGAGAGCAUGAUCAAGCCCAAGAAAGUUUGAAUGGAGAAUCUGUGAAACCGGCGGAUAUCAAAGCAGAACAACCAAAACCUCCCGUGUCUGGAGAAGAGAUGCCUACACAGUUACCAGCUAAGGGGGCUUCUGUGGAGCCCCUCUUUCCAAAAGCUGAGCCUCUCCAGGAGGAGCCUGCUGAGAUUCAGAUGGAGAGCAUACCACAACUCGUAGAAGGAGCUGAAGAGACUCUUGAUAGAGCUGUGAAACCUACAGAAACCCAAAAGCUGCUGCCAUGUGAACUGGCAGCUGGAGCCCCAAAAGAGGAAGAAUAUGAGGAAGAGGAGGUGGAAGCAGGGCAAGAAGCAAAAGAAGAGGAUAAACAGCAUCUUGUAUCAGAAAUGCCCCCAGAGUUUGGUGAGCCUGCUGCAGAGGAAAUGGGAGCCAAGGGUAGCCCAGAAGCCCUGCCUGAGCUGAAAGGCAUUAUUGAAUCUGUGGUGACAGUGGAGGAUGACUUCAUCACAGUGGUGCAGACAACAGUUGAUGAGGGUGAAUCUGCUUCUCACAGCGUGCGCUUCGCUGCCACUCAGCAGGAAGACAUUGAAACAGGAGACUCCCAGGCUGAGGAGGAGCUGGAUGUUGAAGAAGUGGAGAUUGAGCCCAAGGAAGGCUCCCGAGAGGCUCCUGCUUCACCCCAGAGAGAAGAAAUCCUGCUCACUAACUACAAAACAGAGACGUGUGAUGAUUACAAAGAUGAAACAACAAUUGAUGACUCCAUCAUGGACACAGACAGUCUCUGGGCAGACACUCAAGAUGAUGAUAGGAGCAUCAUGACUGAACAGUUAGAGACUGUUCCUAAAGAGGAGAAAGCAGAAAGAGAAUUGAGAAGAUCAUCUCUUGAUAAGCAUAAAAAAGAGAAACCUUUUAAAACUGGGAGAGGCAGGAUUUCUACACCUGAAAGGAAAAUAGCUAAAAAGGAACCUAGCACACUCUCCAGAGAUGAAGUGAGAAGGAAAAAAGCAGUGUAUAAGAAAGCUGAACUUGCUAAAAAAACUGAAGUUCAGGGCCACUCUCCCUCCAGGAAAAUAAUUUUAAAACCUGCUAUCAAAUAUACUAGACCAACUCAUCUCUCCUGUGUUAAACGGAAGCAGACAGCAGCAGGUGGUGAAACAAACCAGGCUCCUGCUGUAUUUAAACAAGCAAAGGAAAAACUCUCAGAUGGAGUAAGCAAGAGCCCCGAGAAGCGUUCAUCUCUGCCAAGGCCUUCCUCCAUCCUCCCUCCUCGGCGAGGUGUUUCAGGAGACAGAGACAGAGAGGAGAACUCCCUGUCCCUCACAUCCUCUCUCUCCUCCUCAGUACGACGGACUACCCGAUCAGAGCCAAUUCGUAGCAGAACGGGAAAAAGUGGAACUUCUACCCCCACUACUCCUGGCUCCACUGCCAUCACUCCAGGGACACCACCAAGCUAUGCCUCCCGUACCCCAGGCACUCCAGGGACACCCAGUUACUCCAGAACUCCCCACACUCCUGGGACCCCCAAAUCUGCAAUACUGGUACCUACUGAGAAAAAAGUUGCCAUAAUCCGCACUCCUCCUAAAUCUCCAGCCACUCCAAAGCAGCUACGAGUUAUUAAUCAGCCUCUACCUGACCUCAAGAAUGUCAGGUCCAAAAUUGGGUCAACAGAUAAUAUCAAAUACCAGCCUAAAGGAGGGCAGGUACAAAUUGUAACCAAGAAGAUUGACUUGAGUCAUGUGACUUCUAAGUGUGGCUCGCUCAAGAAUAUCCACCACAAACCAGGAGGUGGGCGUGUGAAAAUUGAGAGUGUGAAACUGGAUUUCAAAGAAAAAGCUCAGGCUAAAGUUGGUUCACUGGAAAAUGCCCACCAUGUACCUGGUGGUGGUAAUGUCAAGAUUGACAGCCAGAAGCUGAACUUCAGAGAGCACGCCAAGGCCCGUGUUGACCACGGGGCUGAGAUCAUCACGCAGUCACCGGGCAGGUCCAGCAUGGCCUCGCCACGCAGACUCAGCAACGUCUCAUCCUCUGGAAGCAUCAACCUGCUUGAAUCACCCCAGCUUGCUACCCUUGCUGAAGAUGUCACAGCAGCCCUUGCCAAGCAGGGGUUAUGAAUUUGCUCAUUUUGCAUUGUAUGAAGUAAUAAUAUUUAGGCAUGAGCUCUUGGCAGGAAUGGGCUCAGAGCAGGUGUCACGUUCAUUCUUUACCAUGUCUAAAACUAAGUUACAUCCCAAGACUUGUAGUUACCGUACAGUUUAAAAGAAAAAAACAGAAAAAAAAAUAAAUUCCAUAGAUGCAGAAAUUGGCCUGACCUCCAUUUACAACAGGAAGACACUGGCUUUAUAUGGGUAUACAGCGGUAUGUUACAUUGGACAAUUAUUGUUGCUCUGCUCUGUCUUGCAUGGAGUACUGUAGUAUGAUAAAAAUGCAUUUUUACCUUUCAUGUGCCUGAAGGCCAUCCACCUCUUUCUGAAGAGCCUUGUUAAUAUCCCAAGUUGCUCAUUUCACAGUUCUUUUGAUAGAUGGGGAAAUAAAAAAGAAAAGUUGCCCAUUGUAAGUUAUUACAGGUUAAAUUAAUGGUCUGCUUACCAGAAGGAAGGGCAUAUAGGGAAAUUCAACUUUAAUUAAAAAAAAAAAGUUACUUUGUAUAAAUGAGUAGAAAAAAAGUUGAAUUAAGUUAUUAACAUUUUUUGAACCUGGUUAAUUAUGUCAGUGUAUAGCUGAAAAGCCAAUAAAUUAUUUAAAUAAUAACUAAAAAUACUAGCUGAAAACAUUUGAAUCGUGCUUUGGGAAGUGACGUAAAAAAGCUGCUGAAAGCGAGCACUCAUACCCCAACAGACUUGUGUCUGAUUAGAAAAGUUGGUUAAGCAGCUAGAUUUGUGUGCAUACCACCAGUUCCACAUUCUUUCCAUCUGUUUGAUACAGUAUUAUAGAUAUAUAUAUUUCUCUGUGGCCAUUUGUGAUACGCCCUCCUCAUAUACUUGAAUAUUCUACUUCUUUAUUCACAGUAUCUGUGUCUCUUGCACCCUUUGGUGUUGCAAUUUUAGGUA